AGAGGUUCCAUUUUUUGUCGAGGCAAGCUAGGGCGGAUAGGCUCAGACGAACAGCAAACAAACCCCUCCCCUGUCCGUCCACCUCCCUCCCCACUUGGAUCCCCGCCGCCACGGCCAGCUGCUCCGGCCUCCUCCCGGUUCCGGCCCUCCUUCCACGACUCCGCCUCGUCAGAUGAUGGAAGCCGGCGUCCCCAUGGCCCACAGGAAUCUUAGUUGACUGGGUGCUCUGGACCUGCAGAAUCAGACCACACUCUGGUCAUCAUUGACUGCUUGCGGAGACGCGGACCUGGAGUUUUAAAGCAUCAAGUGGUGGUUUCCCAUUGCGUCUCUUCGCACCUAUAACCUUUUAAAAACAAGCUAGAUUUUGUUUUGAAAAGUUUUCAAGACAGAUAACAUGAAGAGUACACAAGGAGCAAUGCUAUUUCUUCUCUAUCUCUGUGCGAUGGUUUGCCUCAUGGCGCAUGUAGGAGCCGCCAAUGUUGUUCUAAUGGGGAAUAAUCUUACUUUGUCGUUCAACGAUGUUGAGGCAAGCUUUGCUCCGGGAGUGAAAGGCUCAGGUGUUAAUGGUGUAGUUUAUGCUGCUGAACCUUUGAAUGCCUGCAGUGCAUUGGCAAACAAAGCAGUCAAGGGUCCACCAUCUCCAUUUGCUUUGGUUAUAAGAGGUGGCUGCACAUUUGACAAGAAAGUGAAAAAUGUGCAGGAUGCUGGAUUCAAAGCUGCAAUAGUGUAUGACAACGAAAAUAGUGGAUUUCUAGUUUCAAGACCUGUAACAGUGGCUGGAAGCUCAAGUGGUAUUCACAUAUACGCCGUGUUUAUCUCGAAGGCCACAGGGGAGGUGUUGAAGAAAUUUUCAGGCCAUACUGAUGUAGAGGUGUGGAUAAUUCCGACAUUUGAGAACUCCGCCUGGUUGAUCAUGGAAAUUUUGUUCAUAUUACUGCUUGCUAUGUCUGCUGUUUUAGCUACUUGUUUCUUCGUGAGAAGACAUCGAAUAAGGCAGGGCCUGCCUAGAAAUCUAGAAGCCAGAGAAUUUCAUGGAAUGAGCAGUCAAUUAGUCAAGGCAAUGCCAAGCCUUGUCUUCACAAAAGUGCAAGAGGACAACUCUACGUCGUCAAUGUGCUCCAUUUGCUUGGAAGACUACACUGUUGGAGAAAAGCUAAGAGUGCUGCCUUGCCAUCACAAGUUCCAUGCAGCUUGUGUGGACACGUGGCUCACAUCUUGGAGAUCAUUCUGCCCAGUAUGCAAGGGAGAUGCAGGUGGUGGAAUACCAGGCCCGCCUGCCUCGGAGACUACCCCGUUGUUUUCUUCUGCGGUUCACUUACGUCCGACGUCAUCUUCAGUCCGAUCGAGUGUGGGAGCAUCCCCUCCCAGAGCAAUAAACCGACGUCCUUGGUCGCAAUCCAUAUCUCGUAUCUACUCUUUUUCACACUCUCCCAACACCCAAAGAUUUUACAGGAACUCAUCUGCCACGAGUAUAAGCGGAAGCAUUGCGGACCUUGCAAGCAUGUCUUCUCCCAGCCUUGGCACCUUGCAUCUUGGUUCCACACACACGCUGGUUGGCAACCACUUGUCUCCACCAGUCAGCAUAAUCUACGCACCAGCACACAUCUACUCCCAUUCUGGCUACGGGUCACCCAGCCCGCGUGCUAGCUUGUCCUAUACCUCCAAUUCCGGGUACGGAUCUUCUUCAGGCCGCCAGCAUUACCUCGGUGAGUCGGGGCCUAGCCUGUCCACCAUGGCCCCUCAGACGCUGCAGCAGCAGCAGUCCCAGCUGUGCCACGACGGUGACUCGGAGACGAGCCUGAACCUGGCAGGCGCUCAGUCCUUUUGGCAGUCCUCCUACCUGAGGCACUGCGGCGACUCGGACGCGAGCCUGUCCGCCAUGGCGUCGUCAGGCCAGUCGAUGCCGGGAUGCUGAUGAUGGCGAUGAGCCGAAGCUCGCUUCUUUUUCCGCGCGUGCAAGAGGCAGAGACGGCGUGACUUGUGAAUACAUCACGAGGCGUGUAACAUAGGCAACUGCUUGAGGGAGAGAGGGAGAGGCGUUUUUUAUGUGUUUCUGUACAUUAUUACAAGUAUACAGCAGUCUUGGACCUUGUUCUCUUUCAGUGGUCCUCCCUCCUUCCGGGGCUUCCUUCCCCCGAAGGGCGAGCGGAGUUCUUCGGCAAGAGCAGCAACCAUAUAACCACAUUUGGAUGGCUUGAUGAAGAUUGGAGAUGGUGAUCUUCCUUCUAGUCAA